ACCACGUGAUUACAAACGAACAUGGCCUCAUCGCCUAGUUCGCAGUGUACCAGGGUGUAGAGAGAGAAAUAUACGUGUAAUAUUAAUUUCAACUCUGAAUUCUCUACUUGUCAUAAUUACCAAUAUCAAAAAUGCAAAAGAUAAAGUCUUUGAUGACCCGACAGGGUCUGAAGAGUCCCCAGGAGAGUAUGACGGACCUCAGCCCCAUGGAGAGUGCUAGGAUCCCCAGCAAGGAGGAGCUGCGGGAGAUGAGGGAACAGCCCGCGGACCCCCAGGAGGAGCAGGACAUCAUUAACAGCAUUGAGGAAAUCUACUUCUCUGGUGACUCAUUUGACAUGGUGCAGCACGAACUGGAGAAACUUCCACCUGAGCUCGACCUUCAAGAACUAGAAGAAUACAGAGAUAAACUGAAAAAGCAACAAGCAGCAGUCUCUAAAAAGGUAGCUGACCUCAUCCUGGAAAAGCAGCCCUCCUACGUGAAGGAGCUGGAAAGGGUGACCUCCCUGCAGACGAACCUCCAGCUGGCUGCCGUGAUCUGCACCAAUGCAAGGAGACAGCUGAGUUUUGCCAAGGAAGGUUUCACAGAGGCCAGUCUGGGGCUGCUGGCCAAUCAGAGGAGGCGGCAGCUUCUUACAGGGCUGUUGAAGUCACUGAGGACCAUAAAGACCCUGCAAAGAACAGACGUGAGGCUGAGUGAGAUGUUGGAGGAGGAGGACUACCCAGGUGCUAUCCAGCUGUGCCUGGAGUGCCAGAAAGCAGCCAGCACCUUUAAACACUACAGCUGUAUCAGUGAACUGAACUCCAAGCUUCAGGACACCCUGGAGCAGAUAGAGGAGCAGCUGGAUGUCGCCCUUUCAAAGACCUGCAAGCACUUUGAUGUCACUCACUACAACAAAGUUCAGAUGGCGUACGCUCUCCUAGGGAAGACGCAAACGGCCAUGGACCAGCUGCACAUGCACUUUACGCAGGCCAUCCACAACACAGUGUUUCAGGUGGUGCUGGGAUACGUGGAGCUCUGCGCUGGCAAUGCGGAUACUAAGUUCCAGAAGAUGCAGUACAAAGACCUCUGCACGCACAUAACCACCGAUAGCUACAUCCCAUGUUUGACGGAUCUCUGCAAGGCAUUGUGGGAGGUUAUGCUCAGCUACCACCGGACUAUGCAGUGGCACGAGGAGCAUGACAAAGAAGAAGUUGAGCCUGCGACAGACGGCAGCAGCACGUCGGGGUCAGAUGAGCCCAUCUUCGACCGCAGCUAUGUGAAGAAGAAGCUGCAGCAUGGACUGACGCGGAUUUGGCAGGAUGUCCAGCUGAAGGUGAAGGCUUACCUACUGGGAACCGACAUGUCCAGCUUCAAAUACGACGACUUCAUCUUCGUGCUGGAUAUCAUCAGCAGGUUAAUGCAGGUGGGAGAGGAGUUCUGUGGAAGCCGCUCCGAGGUCCUUCAGGAGUCCAUCAAGAGGCAGAGCGUCAACUACUUCAAGAACUACCACAGGACCAGGCUGGAGGAGCUGAGGAUGUUUCUGGAGAACGAGACGUGGGAGCUGUGUCCGGUCAAAUCCAACUUCAGCAUCGCUCAGCUUCAUGAGUUCAGAUUCAUGGGUCAGUCACGCUCGCCGUCAGUGUCGCCCAGCAAGCAGGCGGCAGGCCUGGGCCAGGCUGACACCACCCUCUUUGAGCAGUACCUCCAGGGCGGGAACCCCUUCGAGAUGCAGAUCGACAGCAAGGAGGAGGAGACAGACGACGUGCUCGGCUCCAACGGGUAUGAGUCCGACGAGCUGGAGAAGAGCGUCUAUCAGGACUACGACAGCGACAGCGACGUGCCGGAGGAGCUGAAGAGAGACUACGUAGACGAGCAGACGGGCGACGUCCCCGUGAAAAGCGUAUCUCGGGAAACUUUGAGAAGCAGGAAGAAGUCCGACUACAGCCUCAAUAAGCUGAAUGCGCCCAUCCUGACCAACACCACUCUGAACGUGAUCAGGCUCGUCGGGAAGUACAUGCAGAUGAUGAACAUCCUCCGGCCCAUCGCCUUCGACGUCAUCCACUGCAUGUCCCAGCUCUUUGACUAUUACUUGUACGCUGUUUACACCUUCUUCGGGCGGAAUGACAUGUACGAGUUAUCAGGACUGGGCCUCAUCAGUAGCCGACUGCGGACGACGCUCAACAGGAUCCAGGAGAGUCUCAUUGACAUGGUGGAGAUGUUCGGGACAUUGGGCCUCAGUGAGAACCCUUACCUGCUGAGACUGCAUGGCUGUUUUGUUCACUCCCUGUCCAUUGGUUCGCGCUCUCCUCCUUCCCUAAUGGCUCUCAAGGCCGCUGUCCUGCUCUCAUUGAUGGAUGGACGGACGGACCUCAUCUUCAAAAGCUUUAUAUUUUAAGAUACACAGCUGCUUCCUUUGAAAUUGACAGAUGCCUCAAGGUAAGGAACAUGCAAGGACACAAUGAAUUUGAACGUUUGAUAUCUGUGUAGCACAUUUGUCUUGUACAGUAUGUUUUGGAGUGAUCAGCUGGUGAUUGUAGAACUAAACAAAUGCUUUAUUUAGGAAAAACAUUUUUUAUGGAUCUGUGUAUAUUAUAUGCUUUAGUGGGUGUAAAACAUGUAAUGAAUUGGUUUAACAUGAAAACAGGGUUCUGUUUAGGCCAAAAGAGAUAUAGGUAAACAGAUUGUAGAUUAACAUACAUAGAUAUAUAGAUUGUAGAUUACUGAGGAAUAGAGCCUCUGGGUAGUGUUUUAACAUAUGAGUUAAUAUUGGUUUAUUGACUGCUCUAAGGAACAUGGCGAUCCUCUACUCUCGCAUCUAAUCUCAGAAGGUCAUGUGACUAAAAGCAAGCUCUCAAAAUGGAACAUUUGCCAAAGGAACAGGUUGAAAAGUGCAAAUAAAAAUAUAUGUGUAUUUAUAUAUAGCAGUAGUUUGUCUUUUCACUACCCCUAUUCAAAUAGUUUUAGAUAAGAGUUGGGAUAAGUUGCUGGGUUUCUCAGAACUUUGAUGUCUGGGAAUAUAUUAAGUAGUCAGUUUCACAGUUUUUUUGCCCAUGGAGUGUUGUUUUUAACUGUUCAUGUCUUUUCAUUUCGGCUCUUUGUUGUAUUGUAACUCUUUCUGAGCUUAAAUACUAAUCCUUCACUUCUCAAUGACUGUUGUAUCCUUGAUGUUGAUGCUUUGGAACAUACAUAAUUCUUCAGUUAAUGAAAUACUUAAUUAAGCCUAAUUAAAUCCUACUCAAAUGAUAUAAUGGCUUGGAUAUUUCUCUCCAGAGUGCAUAUAGGGACCCGCUCCCCCCUUGGCUGGGGGGGGGGGGGGGGGGGCUGCUUGUCUAAUUAUGAUAAGACAAGUUUAAUGAUAAAAAUUCUGGCCAUUGUUUGAAGCGGAACCAUUAGUAAUGAUAACAUUCAGCAACAUUCUCUCAACAUUCUGCUGUUUCAGAUAUUUUUAGCUAGCUGGCCCAUUCAAUACACAUCAGCUUAAAUUCAAACAAUGUCUUUGAAUAGAGACGCAUAUUACUGGGCUUCCAUUGGAAGCUCAGCCUAGCUGGACUCGCAUCCAGUUGGCUGCUUGACAGCUGUACGCUUGUAAUGUAGUGUUUGACUCGCUAGGACGUCGUUUCGGACGAGAGCAUCAACCAAGCAAACAGUGGUAAAUGCAUGCAUGGUGUUUUCUUAUUAAAUCAAAAUGCUUAUUCGCGACGGAUGGAUUUCUCUCUGAAUUAAAGGCAUUUUGCUAAGCGUGUUUUUCGGGGCUUCGAUUCUGCGUCAGCACCCGGUUCUCACUGGAGGAGCCUCGAAGCGCUGCUUACCUCAUGCCGUUAGCACACCAGCGCACACAAGACCCCUGUUCCACUUACAGGCUGCUUAGCCAGCCAGAAUCCUCCCGGGCCAAGAGUCUAGUUGCCGAUUUUUGGCCGCCUCGCGUCAAAGAGAGCACACAAAGACCUCAUUCUCUGUAUGUAUUUUGUUUUAUUUGUGGGGCAAAAGCUUUCCAAAUAUUACGAGUGCUUGCCUUUGCUUGAGUACUAAUCAUGGUUUCUGUUGUGAACAUGGCUAUUAGCAUGUUGCUGUUUAUAGUGGCUCCUAAUGCUGAAUUUGUAUUACUCUUGUAGGCUAGUAUUAAGUAUCAUUACUAUCCCUACUAUUCCUAUUUAAUCCUGGAGUAACAGCCAUAGUGUGUUUUGUCUGCAUGCUCUGCCCUUAUCACUAAAAUCAUGUACCUUUAUUCCGGAUGUACAGGUAUGGUAUAAAUCUCUGAUACUUGCUUGCCGACUAAUUUAGUCAUAUCUAUGCCUGUUUGGUUAAUACCUCAUUCACUUGCCUUUAUACGUCAUUGCGCUAGUCUGAAAUGAUGGUUGGAAUUUACUCGACAGGUCAGCAGUUGCCAUGGACAACGUCCACAGGUCCUCUUCACCUUAGUUAAUUCAGGACAAAG